AUGUCCCAACAGCGCGGCGGAUACGCUUCCAAUUCUCCUCCUCGCACUCCUCCCUCUCAGACCGCAAAAUAUCGGCCCAAGCGAGGCUACCCUACCCGUCCAUCCGUUCGCGAUGCCUUCCCCGACGCCGGUGACAAUGCGCCCAGAGCCAGCGAGUCGGGCGACGAGCGGGACCCUCAUGACUUGUCAUUGUCGCCCAAGCAUGCUGCCCGCACCUCCAUCGUAGACAAUAUGCUCCUCUCUCUCGACCAGUUUGACGGACCCGGAUCGGUGUUGGACGAUUAUCGACUAUUCAAUUCCGCCUUCGAAUCCGAUCUACAGGGUCGAUAUCGCGGUCACACAUUCUCCUCUUCAAUGUCUUCCGAAGCGGACUUUGGCUACGACGAUAGUAGCAGUCGCUAUGCGACCAUUACUGCGAACGGUCGACGCAGUAACAGCAGUUCCAACCAUCAAACCGCCCCGAGGAGAAUGAGCAGUGCCCGUGGCCGAGAUGCUAUGGGUUCCAGAGGAGGCACCAUGCCGAGGACCAAUGACGUUCGAAAAGGAAGCAAGGGAAGCGCCUCCAACGCCGAUUAUUCAUAUACUUUGCCUCGAGGUCGCGCAGACUCGGACGGCCGAGAUCGGCGCUCAGAGAGUUUUGACUGUGGACCAAAGAAAGCCUUUAUUCCAUAUGGAGACCAUGGCUUGGGCCAGGACUCGCUCUUAUACGAUGAUGAUGCCGCUCCAACCCCCAGUGUGCCCGCCGGCCCGCGCAAACUCUACGACUAUAGAACCCCCAACACCACAGUCGCCCGAACGCCUGUGGCAUCGCGGCGGAACAGCGUGAAAUCAUCCAAUGCCCCCCAGGUCCGGAAGAACCGUCCAGAGAACAUUGGCACUGGAGCUCUUAAGACCCGCGACAACGACUUUUUGGGUGAUACGGAUCUUGAUCUCCCGCCCGCCAUUCCGGCAUCUUUGGAUCCGCCUGCUCCUAGCCCAACAAUUUCAUACAACAAGCCAGCUUUCCCUCAACCGGAGGCAACAGUUACAAACACGUCAACCACGAUCACGGCGAAUCCGAGCGCCUCUGCUACAGCCAAUAUCAACACUAACAAAGAGCGUCCAGGAUUUUUCCGUCGUGUGUUCGGCGGGUCAUCAAAGGCUUCGUCCCUGGCGGAAUCUCCCAGUUCCCAUAUAAACGACAUCUCAUACUUCCAGGAGAGCGAAACUAAAGAAUCCACGGGUGCAACCUCCAACAUGAAACCACGGGAACAGCAACAAGUACAGCAGACCCAACAGCAGCAGCCUCCAAAGAGCGCAGUAACAGCCACACCUACUCCUGCUGUCCGUAAAGGGCCGCCUCAAGUGGUGAAACAAAAGUCCUCCUUCUUCCGCCGGCGCAAGAAGUCUGUGACUGAACACGUUCCCCUUCCGAUCAAGCUCCCUCAAGAGCUGGCCCCUCAAACUCUGGAUACGAUGAAACCAGAACCCAGCCCCGUGAGUAGCUUGCGCCAGUUCAUGAAUCAAUAUCUGGAUGAACCCGGUGCACCGGCAAACCCAGAUCGCAAGGAGAACCGCAGAGAAGAUCCUCGGCCUAACGAGUCAGCCUCGCUGCAGGCCCAGAAGCCAAGGGAAAGUGUCUCGGCUCCUGGCGGUGUCUCCAAACCGAAGCAGAACCUCCAGCCUCCCAGCAGUUCUCGCGGUCAGGAGCCUCGCUUGAUAUUAGAUAGUCGCGGUACCAAUGAUCAUGCUCAAAAGACAAGUGAUGUGGAGUCUAUCUCCUCUGCAGAGUCCCCCUUGCAGGAGAGAAACUCUAAUAUCAACCCCUCUAGCUCGCUGUCACCAGUCGCCGAGGAUUUCUCCCGCACCAUCAGGGUGUCAACCAAAAUGGCACCGCCGACCGAUUCUUCUCGUGAUAGCUUGGCUGGCGUGAGCAAGCUACCUCUUCCGUCGGACAGCAAUGUUCCCGAGUCUCCUGCAGCGUCAGAGGCAUCGCAUUAUCUAACCGCCUCGAACACGCCAGUCAUUGAAUCAGAAGAGCCCAAGGUAAUUACCGACAACGACGAGAAAGAUGACACAACCGACGGGCCUGGUGAUGCUGUCGAAGACGGUCCUACCGCCUCUGAUCGAGAUCAAGCACGAAACCUCUUCGAUAGUCAGGAUCAGGUCGUUGGUAAUGUCCCGGCGGCUGCUUGGCUUGGAGAGCCUGACCGGGCCAUGGUUCGGGAGGCGUACAUGCGACUUUACAACUGGUCGAAUAUGAACAUUCUUGCCGCUCUCCGGAGUCUCUGUCAGCGAUUGGUGCUCAAGGGAGAGACUCAACAAGUCGACCGGGUGUUGGAUGCUUUUUCAUGCCGAUGGUGUGAUUGCAACCCGAGUCAUGGCUUCAAAGCUACUGAUGUUGUUCAUACUAUCUGUUACUCCCUCCUGCUGCUAAACACCGAUCUUCACUUGGCGGACAUUGAGCAGAAGAUGACCAAAUCCCAGUUCGUUCGCAAUACCAUGCCCACAAUUCACCGUGUGGCCAUGGAUGCAGCACCCGAAGGUUUCGAGACUUUGCGGCCUCAGAAGUCCAAGACCGUGCCUACCGCCGAGUCUGCACACUCUGCACCCAACUCUGCUCGCUCUCAAACCUUCCCCGCAGAUGCAUGUGGCUUCUUGGAUGAUAACACCGCUCGCAAUACAGCUGACGUCGAUGCUGGUCCGUUGGUCACUACCCCUUUCACGGGAACUGUGCGAGCAUGGGAGCAGCAGGUGGAGAUGGUUCUGAAAGAUUUCUAUUCUUCCAUUCAAAAGGAUAAACUCCCACUUCAUGGUGCUCAACCGGAGAAGGAGGUAACCCGUAUGGCGUCGAGCAAUUUCCUCAAUCCCGUAUCGGGUACACUUCGCCGAAGCCCCAGCACCAUCAGCAAGAGCGGCUCGGAUAUCUUCCCCCGUGGCCGUUCGGCAGAUUCUCGCCAUGGUGCCGCGAGGUGGUCGUCCAAACCUCGUUCGCGAGGAGCGCGACUCUAUCCUCCAUCUAUGAUGGGUUCUAGCAGAACCAGCCUAGAUGAUCAGUCCUCUGUGUGGAGUCCGACUGCGUCGAGCACCUGGAGCAAGUACUCGCUGGGCAAGUUCACGUCGGCCUCGGUGGAUUCAUUUGGCUCCGAGUAUCCUCGUGGCGAGUACCAGCAGUCGAUUGGUUUCGCCAAUGCACUGAGUCAGGCUAUUAUUCGUGAAGAUUCUGCCACAUCAAUCUACAGUUACGAGGAACCAACCGCGCCUCUUCUAGAAGAUGAGACUUUGGCCUUGGCUGGUGCGCCUUGGGCUAAAGAAGGAAGUGUCAAGCACAAGCACCAUCUGGAUGCGGUGGACAAGCGUGCCAAAGACCGCAACUGGAAUGAAUGUUUUGCUGUCAUCCAGCAGGGCUGGAUGCGACUCUUCUCAUUCAAUAAUGCCUCCAAGUCUAUGCGACAGAAAGCCAAGCAGCGUGGAGGCGUCGUGGUUGGAGGUGGUAACUGGACCGAGAACGCCGAGGAGAUUUGGAAGUUCAUGCUGCGCCAGACUAUUGCCAGUGCCCUGCCACCGCCGGGUUACUCCAAGUCUCGCCCGCACGUGUGGGCUCUGAGCCUACCAACCGGUGCGGUUCAUCUCUUCCAAGCUGGCACACCGGAGAUUGUACGCGAGUUUGUCUCGACUGCCAACUAUUGGAGCGCCCGACUCUCCAAGGAACCUCUGGUAGGCGGUAUCAGCAACAUCGAGUAUGGCUGGAGCGACGCCGUCAUCAACAGCGCCCUAGUCAAUGCCGAGAGACGAUCACCACCCCCAUCCUCCGGCGCCCCACGUCCCAGCAUCCAAAGCUCCAUUCGCAGCUCCCUGGACCACCAAGGAGUUGUGCGGCCCAAGCUGCCCGCGGAUCGGGUGCACAUUAGCGACUGGAGUCCGCCACAGCAGAGCAUGGUCGCCUCUCACCAGUCAGAGGAAGAUCAGCUCAAGGCUUUGCAGGCGUAUGUGCAGAAUGUCGAGGACGAUCUCCAGCGACACAACGAGCUCCGGCCAGCUAUGAACCUGGCGUUCUCACCGCGUCACCCCAAUUGUGCGAAGGCGAUGGCCAACUGGGAGCGGAAGUCGUCGUAUCUCCUCCGCGAGAUUGUCAAGUUCCGCACGUACAUUGAUUCGCUUCGAAAUGCGAUCAAUAAGAAGGGGGAGAUUUAUUCUUCGAAUAAUAAUUAUUAUAAUCCUCCUGCAACAGGGGAUGAUGCUGGUACCGAGCAGCAGCAACAACAGCAGCAACCAGCUCCCCCUUCGACUGCUUCUACGACUACUUGACGGUAGGACCUGCAAUGCCCUUCUCUUGAAAGUACCCCAACUUUCACUUUCAUAUUCUUACCCUUCUUUUUGGCCCUUCCUUGAUGGAUUUACACCACCGAUUUUUUCCAAUUGCAGACCGUUGUACAUACCCGCCCAGGCCGGUGACUGUGGUAUACAUACUGCCCCAAAAUGACUGACGGCUCUUUUUUUCUUCAUCCUGGAUUUUGUUUCUUUCUUCUCUUAUUCCUUUUCCUUGGCUGUAUAUCUCUUUACUCUGUUCUCCCAUGACCCUUUUUAUUUUUCUUGUUAUUGGUAUCUUAUUUGUUGCCAUGGGGGCAUGGUUAUUUUGUUUAACGUUUGGAGCUAUGAUAUGAAAGAUGCUAUGGAUACCACGAUUGUUUUUUUUUCUGUCGAUGCAAUAUCAAUGUG